AUGCCACGAAUAGACAACGAUAUCAAGCUAGAUUUUAAGGAUGUUCUGUUUCGCCCAAAGAGAAGUACAUUAAAGAGUAGAUCAGAGGUUGAUCUUAGCAGGCCAUAUAUCUUCCGCAACUCCAAUGUCACCUAUGAAGGAAUCCCAGUUAUUGCUUCAAACAUGGAUACUGUGGGAACGUUCGAGAUGGCAAAAGUUUUGGCAAAGAAUGACUGCUUUACGACAAUACACAAACACUACAGCAUAGAGGAGUGGAAAGAAUUUGCAUUGAAUAAUAAGGAUCUCCUUGGGCAUAUAGCAGCCAGCUCGGGAAGCAGCGCGGCUGAUCUGGAAAAACUCAAAGCCAUCAAUGAAGCUGUGCCAGAGAUCAAGUACAUAUGUCUGGAUGUGGCCAAUGGUUACUCGGAGCAUUUUGUUGAUUUUGUGCGGCGUGCUCGCAAAGAGUUUCCUGAGCACACUAUCAUUGCCGGAAACGUCGUCACAGGUGAGAUGGUGGAGGAGCUGAUCCUAUCUGGCGCUGACAUCAUCAAGGUCGGCAUCGGACCGGGGUCGGUGUGCACGACCCGUAAGAAGGCGGGCGUCGGCUAUCCGCAGCUGAGCGCCGUCAUCGAGUGUGCAGACGCCGCUCACGGCCUCGGCGGACACAUUAUCUCCGAAUCCACUCAGCGGCGUGAUCGAUGUGACAACCGCUUUUACUGGUUCGCCGACAUGAUCCUCCUCUCCUCUUCCAGCGAAAUCACUCGCGAGGCGUCGGAGGGCAAGACGGUGGAGAUCCCGUACCGCGGCGACGUCGCACACACGCUGCUCGACAUUCUCGGCGGCAUCCGCUCGGCAUGCACGUACGUCGGCGCGGGCAAGCUGAAGGAGCUCAGCAAGCGCACGACCUUCAUCAGGGUCACGCAGCAGGUGAACGAGGUGUACGCGCCGCACUCCGUGCCGACGACGCGCGCCGCGCAGACGAUGCCGACGAAGACCGCCCUUCCCGCCCCCUAG